AACUCCAACAAUACCAUUGGAAUUCUUUUAUCCUCCAUUUUGUACUCUUGCCUCCUAAAAUUUUGCUCGAGUCAGUGUGGAGAGCUCUCCUAUCCACUGUCCUUGAUGAUAAUUAAAUAAAGUUCUCAGGCCCACGCUACCGUUAAACGUAUUACGUUUGUGGUGGGUGUAUAACAGAAGCGAAGAAGGACCUUACCCCCGUUUCACUCUCUGCUGCAAAUGUGUUCGCUCUUCUCCAAUUUCUCUUCCUCUCCAGUCUCACUCUGUGUCCUGUCUUCAUCUUCUUCAACUACCGAAGGUGCGAACUCGACCUCAAAAUCGGUAAAGUUGAGAGAUGACUGGAGAAAACGAUCCAGACCCAUUCCUCCGGGAGGCACUUACCCUGCUAAGGACCAUUGCAGUCGAUGCGGACUGUGCGAUACGUAUUACAUUGCGCACGUGAAGGAUGCAUGUGCUUUCUUAGGAGAUGGCAUGUCUAAAAUUGAAGACUUGGAACCUGCUGUCCAUGGUAGAGGGAGGAAUAUAAAUUCCUUUGACGAAACAUACUUAGGGGUACAUAAGGAGUUGUUAUAUGCUCGUAGGACUAAGCCUAUAGAAGGAGCUCAGUGGACAGGAAUAGUAACAACUAUUGCAAUUGAAAUGCUAAAAGCAGGCAUGGUGGAGGCUGUUGUUUGCGUGCAGAGCGAUCCAAAUGACAGACUGAGCCCAAGGCCUGUUCUGGCCAGAACACCAGAUGAAGUUCUGGCAGCUAAAGGUGUUAAGCCGACAUUGUCUCCAAAUCUAAAUACGCUUGCUCUAGUUGAGGCUGCAGGCGUAAAGCGUCUUCUUUUCUGUGGUGUGGGUUGCCAGGUGCAAGCAUUAAGAUCUGUGGAGCAGCAUUUGAAUUUGGACAAACUUUAUGUACUAGGCACUAAUUGUGUGGACAACGGUACUCGGGAAGGACUUGAUAAGUUUCUUAGGGCUGCAAGCAGUGAACCAGAAACAGUUCUUCAUUAUGAGUUUAUGCAAGAUUACAAGGUACACUUGAAGCAUUUGGAUGGCCAUAUUGAAGAGGUCCCCUAUUUCUGUCUACCAGCAAAUGAGUUAGUUGAUGUUAUUGCACCAUCUUGCUAUAGCUGUUUUGACUACACAAAUGCAUUGGCGGACUUGGUGGUGGGAUACAUGGGUGUACCAAAGUAUACUGGACUCAGCAUGACGCAACAUCCACAAUAUGUUACAGUCAGAAAUGAGCGCGGAAGAGAAAUGCUUAAUCUGGUAGAAAGUCUUUUGGAGAUUACUCCGACAACUAGUAGUGGUAAACGACAUCCUUUUGUUAUGGAGACAGUUAAAGCAGAUGAUAAUGCUAAGAUGGGGAACGGCACUUCCCAGCCUGCCCCAAAAUUUAUUGGGAAUUUGAUAGCCUUUGUGUUAAACUUGAUUGGCCCGAAGGGUUUAGAAUUCGCCCGUUAUUCACUAGAUUACCAUACCAUCCGGAACUAUUUGCAUGUAAAUCGCGCAUGGGGAAAACGAAGAGCUGAUUUGCACAUCCCUUCAUAUGCAAAGAAAAUUGUCGACAUGUACAACAAAAAUGGCAAAAUUGAUCAGAUGCUAUCCAGAAGGUGAUUACAGUGUAUGGUAAAGAUGCAGGAAGGUGUUGUCAUGUACGUAAAAUUUUGAAUAUUCUCCUUCAUGGUUCAAAUAAUCAUGUCUUCAUAACACCGAUUAUGACAGAGUUUGGUUUGUGUAUGAAUUUAUAUAUUGUAAUGUGAUAUAAUAUAUCUUAAUCUGCCACUAGUUUUUUACUAA